GCGGAAGUGUGGGUGGGUCUGCGGGGCGGGCACAGGGAGGUCCGCGGGGAGGAUGGAGCAGUGAGCGGGUCUGGGCGGCUGCCGGCAGCGCCAUGGAGACGGUACAGCUGAGGAACCCGCCGCGCCGGCAGCUGAAAAAAUUGGAUGAAGAUAGUUUAACCAAACAACCAGAAGAAGUGUUUGAUGUUUUAGAGAAACUUGGAGAAGGGUCUUAUGGCAGUGUAUACAAAGCUAUUCAUAAAGAGACUGGUCAGAUUGUUGCUAUUAAGCAAGUUCCUGUGGAAUCAGACCUGCAGGAGAUAAUCAAAGAAAUCUCUAUAAUGCAGCAAUGUGACAGCCAUCAUGUAGUCAAAUAUUAUGGCAGUUAUUUUAAGAACACAGACUUAUGGAUCGUUAUGGAGUACUGUGGGGCUGGUUCUGUAUCUGAUAUCAUUCGAUUACGAAAUAAAACGUUAACAGAAGAUGAAAUAGCUACAAUAUUACAAUCAACUCUUAAGGGACUUGAAUACCUUCAUUUUAUGAGAAAAAUACACCGAGAUAUCAAGGCAGGAAAUAUUUUGCUAAAUACAGAAGGACAUGCAAAACUUGCAGAUUUUGGGGUAGCAGGUCAACUUACAGAUACCAUGGCCAAGCGGAAUACAGUGAUAGGAACACCAUUUUGGAUGGCUCCAGAAGUGAUUCAGGAAAUUGGAUACAACUGUGUAGCAGACAUCUGGUCCCUGGGAAUAACUGCCAUAGAAAUGGCUGAAGGAAAGCCCCCUUAUGCUGAUAUCCAUCCAAUGAGGGCAAUCUUCAUGAUUCCUACAAAUCCUCCUCCCACAUUCCGAAAACCAGAGCUGUGGUCAGAUAACUUUACAGAUUUUGUGAAGCAGUGUCUUGUAAAGAGCCCUGAGCAGAGAGCCACAGCCACUCAGCUCCUGCAGCACCCGUUUGUAAAGAGUGCCAAAGGAGUGUCAAUACUGCGAGACUUAAUUAAUGAAGCCAUGGAUGUGAAACUGAAACGCCAGGAAUCCCAGCAGCGGGAAGUGGACCAGGACGAUGAAGAAAACUCAGAAGAAGAUGAGAUGGAUUCUGGUACGAUGGUUCGAGCAGUGGGUGAUGAGACGGGCACUGUCCGAGUAGCCAGCACCAUGACUGAUGGAGCCAAUACUAUGAUUGAGCAUGAUGACACGUUACCAUCACAGCUGGGCACCAUGGUGAUCAAUGCAGAGGAUGAGGAAGAGGAAGGGACUAUGAAGAGAAGGGAUGAGACAAUGCAGCCUGCCAAACCAUCUUUUCUUGAAUAUUUUGAACAAAAAGAAAAGGAAAACCAGAUCAACAGCUUUGGCAAGAGUGUACCUGGUCCACUGCAAAAUUCUUCAGAUUGGAAAGUACCACAGGAUGGAGACUAUGAGUUUCUUAAGAGUUGGACAGUGGAGGACCUUCAGAAGAGGCUCUUGGCCCUGGACCCCAUGAUGGAGCAGGAGAUUGAAGAGAUCCGGCAGAAGUACCAGUCCAAGCGGCAGCCCAUCCUGGAUGCCAUUGAGGCUAAGAAGAGGCGGCAGCAAAACUUCUGAGCAAGGCCAGGCUGUGAGGGCCCAGCUCCACCCAGGCUGUGGUGAAUUCUAGAUGGCUUCCCUCACAUUUGUUAGCCAGAACUUCUGCUCUGUCAUUUCUCCACAGCACCUUUGUGAACUCAGGAAUGUGCGCCAGUGGGAAGGGCUCUCUUGACAGUCAGCGUGCCAUCUUGAUGUGUGUAUGUACAUUGGUCAGGUAUAUUAUUUCAAAGGAUUUAUAUUGGCGCUAUCAACUCAGAGUUUUAAACCCCAGGAACAGAGACUUCUAGUUGAGUGAUAGCUGGGAAAGUUUUACAUUGUCUUUUUGUUUUUCUUCUCCCAAGAGCUUUCAAUUGUUCUUUCUGGAAGAUUUUUAAAAAAUAUAUAAAUAUGCAUAUAUAUAUAUAAAUUAUAAAUAGAUUCCCCACUCAGUGUGGUGGCAUCUCUGUACAGGUACAGUUUUAAACAGUUUGCCUCUUUUCUGUAAGAUUAUGGUACUGUGGAACAUGAGAGCAGAGGACAUUGGGAGGCUGUUAGGGGGUCACUGAAUCCCAGGAGUCAGCCUCCCCCUUUUAAAAGCUACAUUUAAAAAUUAGGUUUAGGACAGUUCUUUUACCAUGGUUUCAGCCUUGUGUGGUCAUCACUGGCUUCUGGAGCUAUUGGUGAUGUCCAAGGGAAAGCUUUGAGAGUCUGUAUUUACUCUUUGAGUCCCAGGAGAAGCCUGGCACCCUCUUUGCAAAUUGACCUUUGCUCUUUCAACGCCUUUCAUCCAUCUCCACUCUCUCAGCUGCCUAAAGUCACAACACAGAUAUUGCCCAGUGCCUUAAGAGGAGAAUGAUCCACGGAGGGGAUAGGCCUAUCAGGAACUCUCAGCAAACACAGGGCUGUGUUCAGUCCACAAAGGGAAAGGGUUUUCAAAGCUCUCAUUGUUCAUGUAAAAAAUCAUACACGUGGCAUUUUGCUCCACAUUCCUUACAGACAGGGGUAGAGGGGGUUGCUUUUCUGACCCACAUUCAAAUAUGUGACUGUUUUCUUUUCUCUUUUACUGCUAAGCAGGCUGGAAAGGAUACAUGAAUAUUAGACUAAGAUUUGUUCUCCAGGAGGUUCAACCUGAACACAGAAUGUCAGAGUUGGAAGGGAUGUUAGAGGUCAUCUGAUCUGACCCUCUUGUACAGAUGAUCAGAAAACUGAGGCUUAGAGAGGGGAAGCGGCAUGGCAAAAACCACAAAGCAAGUUAGCAUAAAAGCUGGGACUAGAAUUCAGGGUCCUCAUUCCUAGGCCACUGAAACAUGCAGCCCCUUCUUUGGGGGAAGAGACCUGUGUCAGUUUUAGUUAAUUGUCCCAGCAGAACCUUGCUAACAGAAACCUGCUCUUGCCUUGGCUCUUCAGUAGGUGACCUGGCUGUAAAGAGAUUCCCUAGAUGAGCCAGAUCAUUCAGUUUCAGCAACUUCUUGAGCUCUGCAACAUCUGCCGUAAUAGCAGACAAGCACCCACAGAGGCAGGUUUCCGGCCUGAAGCAGAUCAGAGGGCUUUGCAAAAGACAGCAUAGGGCCAUCUUCCUGCAACUUUGGCUUAAUGCCACAUGGUGUUUUGUCACACAGCAAAGUUCUGUGAUAAUUGGGGAAGACAAAUAUCUUUUUAUUUUCUUCCAGUACCUCUUUCCCUCAGAUGGGGAAUCAUCACUGGGUUGCACCUAAGGAUACUGUAAUUUGACUCCAUAAUUGCUUUUGCUCCUGAAACCUGGGAAUCAAUGGAAAGGCAGGGAAUGUGCCUCUUCUGUGGCCAGAUUCUGUUAUUUGCAAUUAAAGCAAGUUUUUAAAAUAUGCAAGAGGCAGUUGUUAGUCUUCAGGGCUUGGCCACUGAAAUAGCUAUGUGGCAGAUACAGAAAAUAGAGGACAAUUUGAGGAUCCUGCUGGAAUAGUAAAUGGCAGUUACCAUUUGUUGACCACCUAUUAUAUGUCAGGCCUUGAGCUGGGUAGGCUCUACACUUCACAGUAACCCUGUGACUUAACUACUUUAUCUCCAUUUCAUAGAUGAAGAAAUGGGUUCAGAGAGAAAGAUUCCUUCCCAAGGCCCUGCAGCUAGUAAAUGAUAGAAUCAGAACUCAUAACAUCACUGUAGGGGAUCAGUAUUUAUAGGAAAAAGGAAAGUCACAAGUCUGUUUAAAAUGAAGUGACCACUUUUCUUGCAUAGACUAAAUAACUCUAACUGGCAUUUUUAGGUUGGAAAGACAGCUGAAUUAGUAAAGUCUGAUUGCCAAGUAAGUUUUAAAAACCAAAGCAUCCAGGAUGCACACUCCUGCACCAUUUGCUGUGCAAAUUAAUAGUUCUGUCUCUCUCUUUUUUCUUUUGAUUUUAUGAGAUGGAUUUUCGCUCUUGUUGCCCAGGCUGGAGUGCAAUGGUGUGAUCUUGGCUCACUGCAACCUCUGCCUCCCAGGUUCAAAGCAAUUCUCCUGCCUCAGCCUCCCAAGUAGCUGGGAUUACAGGCAUGCACCACUACACCUGAAUAAUUUUUUGUGUUUUUAGUAGAGACAGGGUUUCACUAUGUCUGUCAGGCUGGUCUUCAACUCCUGAUCUCAGGUGAUCCACCUGCCUUGGCCUCCCAAAGUGCUGCGAUUACUAUAGGCAUGAGCCACCGCACCUGGCCUCUCUUUCUUUUUUAAACAAAGAACUUUGCAAUUGGCCAGACAGGAAGAGAAAGCCCAUUUUCUCCCUUCCUAAGCUAAAUCCAAAUAAAAGAAAGUUCAGUUUUCCCUCAUAACUAUUCUUGGGUCAUGCACUUUGAUCUGGAGUUUGUUUUGUUUCAAGCAUAUGUGCAUCCAGCUUGCUGAUCCAGCAGUCUGUUGCUUACCAGUCUAGCUAGAUGGAGACUUUUGGCCAGAAGUCAAUUUGUUUUGGAUCAGAGAAAUUUCUUGACAAGGAAUAUUUGUUUUCUAGUGACAGAAAGGCAACGGAGCAAGUCCUAGUUUUGUUGUUGUUGUUGAAUACUAAAUUUAAGAUAUACCAGCUUGCUUUCAUUGAGCCCUGGGCUUCAGUCAUUGCUUGAGCAUUUGCAACUCGAGCUUCCAGGGAACUUCAAGGUCCUUGCUUGUUCUCUGCUUUCAAGAAACAAUGACCUGAUUCUGUCUUUAAAGACAUCUCAGAAUUCUUUAAGAAUAUCUUAGUUGGUCCUUCAGUAAUUUUGAAGCACAGUCCUUUUUUUCCCCUUUUUUGUCCGUUUCCCCAAGCCACCAAUUGGAUGAAUGAAAGUUUGAUGGGGAAGAGGAAGGGUGGGAGGAUGCAUGGAUGAGUGGAUGAGUGGAUAGACAGACGUAUUGAUAAAUAGAUAGAACCAGUCAUCUGAAGCACCUUAAAAAUUGUAGCCUUGACUCCUUGAGACUGUAGAUUUUGAUCCAAGAAACAUUUAUUUAGCACCUAUUAGAUGCCAGAAAGUUAUACCAUGUAAAACUCAGUAGGUCUUUUCAAUAUCAGGAAUGAGAGAGGUGACAUCAUGAUACAUCCUAUGGAUAUUAAAAAGUUAAUAGAAUAUUAUGAAUAAUUUUAUGCUAAUAAAUUUAACAACUUCAAAGGUGAAAUAGAUAAAUUCCUUGGAAAAAUAAAAAGUACCAAAGUUCAUUCAAUGGAUACUAGCCUGAGCAACAUGGCAAAAUACUGUCUCUUCAAAAAAUAAAAAAAAAUUAGUCGGGCAUGGUGGUGCAUACCUGUAGUCCUAGCUGGUCAGGAAACUGAAGUGGGAGGAUCACCAGAGUCCGGGGAGGUUGAGGCUGCAGUGAGCCAUGGCCUCACCACUGCACUCCAGCCUGAGUGACAGAAGGAGACCCUCUCUCCCUCAAAUAAAGAAGAAAUAGAUAGUCUGAAUAGCCUUAUAUCUACAGAAACUUAAUAGUGCUGAUAGAUAUAAGUAUUAUUAUCCUCAUUUUAUAGAUGUGGAAACUGAGGCUCAGAGAGGUAAAGUCUGUUGCUCAAGGUCAUGUGGCUAGAAUACUGGCAGAGCCAGGAUUGAAAUCCAGAUCUUCUGAUUCUUAUUCCAGUGCCCUUUCUAGCGUACCAUGUUGCCUCUAGAGAUUGCAGCUCCUUACUUACUGCAAAAUUGUUUCUGCCCAAUUACAUCUACACCUCACCCCAUCCUUUCUUAAGCACUAUGUUUGUGUUUUCAUCAGUAUUAUAUUCAUUGUCUUUGGAAUACAUGUUCUUGUUUGUGUUAGGAAAAAAAAUCUCUUUUACCAGCUUGCACUCAGACCAACUUGGGAAAAAACAAGCUUAAAUGCUGUUGCUAUGUACAGUUUAAAAAUGUGAAGUUUGUAGCUUUAACUUUUUGUAAGAAAAUCUAAUAACACUGGCUUAAGUGUUGACCUGAAAUGCCUAUUUUGUAAGGUUUGGAUGUAAGUAAUCAAUUGAGGUCAGCAGUUUGUAUAAGUAUGAGACAUAGCUUCCUCCAUUGCCCCCACUCCUUUUUUUUUUAAGUUUGAGUUGCUUCCUAUGUGUUUAUGUUAGAAUUGUUGUUCUCCUUUCUUCUUCCUAUACCUCAUCACCUUUGUUUUAAAUAAACUGUCCUUUGGACCGCAAACCCUUA